CUCCUUUAAAAGCGACUCACUAGCAGAGGAAGGGAGGGAAGCGGAGGAACGGGCCGCUCAGCCAUACGGCCCUUGCCGCUGCAAUCGCCUCACUCGCCGCCAGAUUUCCAGUUCGAAAUUUGCAGUGUACCCCUAAAUACCCCAUGAAGUACAUCCUGGUAACUGGCGGUGUUAUUUCAGGCAUUGGUAAAGGAAUUAUUGCAAGUAGCAUAGGCACCAUCUUGAAAUCAUGUGGCCUUCGAGUUACUGCUAUCAAAAUAGAUCCUUACAUUAACAUAGAUGCUGGAACCUUCUCACCUUAUGAACAUGGUGAAGUGUUUGUUCUAAAUGAUGGUGGAGAAGUUGAUUUAGACUUGGGGAACUAUGAACGAUUCUUGGAUAUUAACCUUUAUAAGGAUAACAACAUUACUACUGGAAAGAUCUAUCAGCAUGUCAUCAAUAAAGAGAGGCAUGGUGACUACUUGGGGAAAACAGUUCAAGUCGUACCACAUAUUACUGAUGCUGUUCAAGAAUGGGUAAUGAACCAGGCAAAGGUUCCUGUGGAUAGCGAUAAGAAAGAGCCACAGAUAUGUGUAAUUGAACUGGGUGGAACUAUUGGAGACAUUGAAGGAAUGCCUUUUGUGGAAGCUUUCCGACAAUUUCAAUUUAAGGCCAAACGAGAGAAUUUCUGCAAUAUCCAUGUCAGUCUUGUGCCACAGCCUAAUGCUACUGGAGAACAGAAAACGAAGCCUACUCAGAAUAGCGUCCGGGCUUUAAGAGGUCUUGGUCUGUCUCCUGACUUGAUAGUCUGCAGAAGUACUAAGCCUAUCGAAAUGGCUGUGAAAGAAAAAAUAUCCAUGUUUUGUCAUGUAGAACCUGAACAGGUAAUAUUCAUCCAUGAUGUUUCUUCUACUUAUCGGGUGCCAAUCCUGUUGGAAGAGCAAGGCAUAAUUAAAUACUUUAAAGAGAGAUUGAACCUGCCAAUUGAUGACCACCCAAGUGAUCUUCUUUUCAAAUGGAAAAAAAUGGCAGAUAGGUAUGAAAGGAUGCUGAAGACAUGUUCUGUAGCUCUGGUUGGCAAGUACACAAAACUGAGUGAUUGCUAUACCUCUGUUUUCAAGGCCCUGGAACAUUCGGCUUUGGCAAUUAAUCACAGACUUGAUUUAAUGUAUAUAGACUCAGCAGAUCUUGAACACAAUACAGAAGCUGAGAAUCCAGUGAAAUUCCAUCAAGCCUGGCAAAAAUUAUGCAAAUCAGAUUGUAUUUUAGUCCCUGGAGGUUUUGGACACCGGGGCACAGAGGGAAAACUUCAAGCUAUUUCAUGGGCAAGAAAAAAGAAGAAGCCUUUCCUUGGAGUUUGUUUGGGGAUGCAGCUGGCAGUAGUGGAGUUUGCAAGGAAUUGCCUGAACUGGCCAGAUGCAAAUUCAACAGAAUUUGACCCCCACACUAAGAAUCCUGUCGUCAUUGACAUGCCUGAACACAAUCCUGGAGAUAUGGGAGGAACAAUGAGACUGGGGAAGAGGAAAACUAUUUUUAAAGUGGAGGACUCAAUCUUAAGGAAACUCUAUGGUGACGAAGUUUUUGUAGAAGAACGACACAGACAUCGCUAUGAGGUUAACCCUGAGCUGGUUAAUUUAUUUGAAGAAAAAGGUUUGAAAUUUGUUGGCCAUGACACCGAAGGGAAGAGAAUGGAGAUUGUUGAACUGGAUGGUCACCCGUAUUUCAUUGGCAUCCAGUUCCAUCCAGAGUUUUCUUCAAGACCCAUGAAGCCCUCACCUCCCUACCUUGGCCUCUUGCUUGCUGCAACAGGAUCACUCAAUGCAUAUUUGCAACGUGGAUGUAAACUGUCUCCAAGAAAGAAUGACAGCUACAGUGAUCUCAGUGAUGAUAGUUUUCCAGAAAAAGAACUUCCUGAAUCAGAAACAAACUGAAAAUUUUGCAAAGCAACAAGAACAUAAAGGAUGCAGAUAAAACUUCAAGUGGAAGAAAGGGGCACUCCAAAGGAAGAAAGGCUAUUAUGUCUUAAAAUCAUCAAAGAAAACUACUACAACAGCUUUCCUGUGAAGACCCCGUGUUCCAGACAAUACUUCUGCUGCCUCAAAUAAAAAAUCUGUUCCAUUUAAAAUUGCACAAAGGACCAUUCCAUCUUGAUUGGAGUUGAAUCUGUGCUAGCUGUGGAUAGCAGGAAGAGGAGGGGAUAUUUUGAAGAAAAAUUUAAUUGCUUAUAAAAUGUCAACCUGAAAAGUAUAUUGCUUUUAAGAAACUGGGCGAAACAUGAUCAGUCUGUUUGAUCAAACCUUUUCUUAGGUUCAUUUCUUCAUUUUUUUCAGUGACUGACCGUCAGGCAAAAAUACUUUAGUAAGGGAUGAUAUGCAUACUUAUUUAUCUUGACCUGUACCACUGUACACAUUUGCUUUUUGUCCUGUGACAAUAUUGUUGAACAAAUGUCACUGUUGGAAUAGAAUGACAACUUAGUAAAUAAUAAAACAAAAGAUUGUAAACUGUCCAGUUUUAUAUAAGUUCCAAAUCUCGGUGUUUGUAUCCACUGUGCAGGUGUUAAGUUAAGUUAAGGAGCAGUUGUGAACAUGGAGUUGACAUUCAAAUAAUUCUUUGCUUUUAUACCAUGUGGAUCCACGUGUACCACACUGGGACAGUCUUGAGAAUGUUGUAACAAGUCUAAAGCAAAUUUCUACUUACAUUCGUUUUAGUAGUACUAAUGCACAUAUUAACUAUAGGCAAAAUUGUAUAUUAUUUACCGUGUCUGCCACAGUGUGGCAGCAGUCAUCUCAUCAAAAACAAAAGAUCCAUUUUGCACUUCAUCUACUUCUUUGAAACUAGUGAAGAUAUGUUUCGGCAUCUAGUCAGCUAGUGGUACACAUAUUAUUGCACUUUUUUAGGGAGAAGAGGCUCUUUAUGGCAUAAGAUUUUCAGACAGUGCUUUAAUUUCCUAUAAAUUAUAUCAGAGAAAUUAUAUCAGGCAAACAGUAGCCCAUACAUGUGAUUUUUAAAGUGAUUGACUUUACUUUGCAAGUAUAUGAUCCUUUAUUAGUCACUGGUUUUCUAAUUUCUAGACCUAUUUGAGACAUUUGAGACAUAUCUAGAAAAAUUAACUGUAUAUGUUUAUUUUUGA